AUGGGUGUAAGCGAAGAUCUGCCAAAAGAUUUUAUCCAGCUCAAGUCUGAAAAGCUCUCUGUAGAUGAAGUGUCAGAGCUGGUCAUUUCACCAUACUGUGGGGCAGUGUCUCUGUUCAUUGGUACUACGAAAAAUAAUUUUGAAGGGAAAAAAGUGAUUUAUUUAGAGUAUGAAGUGUAUACUUCAAUGGCAGAGACCGAAAUAAAGAAAAUCUGCAGAGAUGAGAAAUGGCCAUCAGUCAAACAUAUUGCAGUGCACCAUAGACUUGGUGUGGUUCCAAUAACUGAAGCAAGUGUAAUUAUUGUAGUCUCCUCUCCACACAGAGCAGAAUCCCUUGAAGCUGUAAUGUACUGCAUCAACACCUUAAAAGCAUCCAUCCCAAUAUGGAAAAAGGCAAAACUUGGCAUGUGGAGAUUUGAGGACGAAUAUUCUUGGAAAGAAAACAAGGAAUGCUUUUGGGCAGAUUCAGAAAAAUAA